AUGUCUGGAGGGAGGUGCGUUUUGAUGAAAGUUGCUCAAACACAUGCUGUUUUUGGACUGAUUGCCGUUGGGAAAGUAACAUUCUAUCGACUUGGUUUGGAUAAAAGAAACACAUGGAAAGAUGCCAAAUUUGCUCCUCAUCGAAUCGAAGAAAUCGCCAUUGUGAAUCUUGGCGCAAGCCGAGCCACGCUGGUCACAAACAUUGACGAAGCCGAACUCGUCCACUUUGACGGCUCAUGA